AUGGAUGAAAAGAAGAAGGCAUCAAAGAAGGACACAGGCUCAAGCAGCUACCCCUCUUCCUCUUCUUCUUCCACCAAGUCAUUAUUCUCAAGGAGUUGCUCAACAAGAAGCUCUACUUCAAACUCUCCUCUCCUUAGAAGCUUGUCACAAAAGAGUUCCUCUUCAUCCAAAUGCAAUAGUAGUAACAAUCUUCCAAGGAGCUUUUCACAGAAGAACCCCUCCAUCGGUCGCAAAUGCACCAAUUUAGCCAAGGAACAGAAAGCAAGAUUUUACAUCAUGAGGCGGUGUGUAGCCAUGUUAGUUUGCUGGCACAAGCAUGGAGAUUCUUGA